AUGACGUCUUCUGGCAAACCUACGAAGACAGAUGCCUUGUUAUCAUUAUCUCCUUCGAAUAUACAAGUAACUGUCUCAGCUGCUAGUGAUGAUGAUAGUGAUACACUCUCUUCUGGCCAAGACGUGGUCGCUAGUGACGCACCAGGUCGUCACUUUACGGCCUUGACACGCACCGCGUCCUCCCUACGCUCUCCAUCCUCAAUCUUUCGCUCGUCUUUUGUGCCUGAUUUUGUUUUGGAUGGACCAAGUUGGAAAGCCGCUAGUCGUCACGCAGCACCGUCAUGUCAUUUACCUCAAUCUACGCCUCAAACCAACGUCGUCCUACAGACUCAUUUGUUUCCAAGCGACUUGUAUUCCGGUGCUCGGUUCUCUCGUUUUGAGAUUGAAGAAGCGUCACGACAACGUAAUGGGACAACGUUAUUGGACUGGCUCAAGAGCAAAGGACGCAAUCCAUUCUCCACAGCCAUGCGGAAACAAGAACAAAAGGAAAAGGAUCGAGAAACACAUGCCAAGGCACAACAUCGAGAAUCAUUUAGCUAUGACUUUUUUGAAUCUCGUGUCAACAUGCAACACGAUCAAGACCAGACGGAAGGCGCCAUUCGGUCACUGAAUAUUGCGCGCUGGUUCAUGACUGUUCUUAUGGGUCUGGGCACGGCUUUAGUUGCGUGUUGCGUGUUUUGUCGAAUUCUGGACAUCGUUAUUGUCAACAUUUCUGUAGGAUUCGUAUCGAUAGCAAGCUACUGUGUUGCUAUUCUUUGGCCAGUUGCUGAUGGAUCUGGUAUCUCGGAGAUCAAAGCGACAUUGAAUGGGAUCAAGAUCCACCGUGUUGUGCGUCUGAAAACGCUGUUUUGCAAGGCGUUAUCACAAGGCAAGUUCUCAAGCUUUGGAGUGGAUACGAGCUGGACCAAGUUCAAGGGCUUCCGUAACGACAAAGUGAAGCGUGAUUCCAUCUCGCAUGGCGCUGCUGUUGGCGUGGCAGCUGCAUUUGGUGCUCCCAUUGGUUGUGUUCUGUUUGCACUUGAGGAGGGUGCCUCCUUCUAG